UCGAGCGCGGGCUCUUGUCAUGUCCCCGCAGUGCCGGUAGUGGUGCUGUAAGGAGACUCUGCCCAUGACUGAACUAAAACCCCCGACAGCUCUAUACUGCUAUUUUUUUAUUCCAGAUAAACUACAUUUAUUUGUAUCAUGGACUCUAACAAAAAUAUGUACGGAUAGGAAAAGGCUAAUUUAAGGGAAAAACACCGAAAUUCCGAACGUACAGAGCCCGGUUGUUUAUAAUUGGCGUUUGCAGGCUCCGUCCGGAGUGAAUAUUGUGUACCGCGCAUACCAGCUCAAGCUGAUGUUCUCAAGGACCAGAGUCACGUGAUGUAUGAAGGCAAACACAUACACUUCUCGGAGGUGGACAACAAGCCGUUGUGCUCGUACAGCCCCAAGCUCUGCAAGCAGCGCAGGCUCAACGGCUAUGCCUUCUGUAUCCGCCAUGUCCUGGAGGACAGGACCGCUCCCUUCAAGCAAUGUGAAUAUGUGGCCAAGUACAACAGCCAGCGGUGCACCAACCCCAUCCCAAAGUCAGAGGAUCGCAGGUAUUGUAACAGCCACCUGCAGGUUCUCGGUUUCAUCCCCAAGAAGGAGCGCAAGAAGAAGCACGAUGUGCUAGACGAGAUGCGAGCUCGGUCCCACCUGGAGUCAGUGGCCCUCAACAUCAUGGUGCCACCUCUUGCCUUGAAGACACCCAAUGGUCUGGAUGAGCUUCCACCCUCACCCACUCACCCCAGGGUGCUGCCCCCUCCUGAAGUGGAGCUACUCGACCCAUUUGCCUUCCAUGAGGAUGAAAUGGACGGGGAGGAAGGCACACUCCGAAAGGCUUCUGCCGUCAAGAAGAAGCUACAGAACCGACUGGCACUGAACCAGAGGCUGCGUUUGGGUGACGCUGACCUCCUCAAGCCCCUGCCAGAGCACUUUAACCCCUCUCCUCUCCCAAGCCAACGGCCAUCUUCCCCACUUCGUUCUGCCCUCCCUACGCAGCAGCCAGGACUCGUUCCACAGCUCCCACACCCCUUCCUAAUUGCCCCAGGUCUCCCUGUCAUGCCGCAGGGUUUAUUAUGCAAGCCAGCACCACCUCAGAAUAAUGCCCCACCACCCCCUGGUCCACCUCUGAGUGCCAUCUCAAGCCCAGCACAUCCCUCUGGCCCCACCCCCUCCAGGAAAGUCCCACCCAUGGCUACACCCCUGUCUUCUGGCAGUCAGGAGAGCCCACAGCGCUGUGUAGUGAUAAUGCAUCCGGCAGCUUUCUCCCCACCCUCUACGUGUCGGGUGCGAUUGCGGCGUUUAGUGCAGCUCUGCUCCCAGCGACACCAGCAGCAUGGAGACCUUUUUCCCCAUCUAGGGCUGGACUGGUCAGAGGACAGUGCAGAUGAUGAUGACGACGACGAGACGGAGAGCAUACCUUCAUAUCCUUAUGCCUGGAGGCUGCAUGAAAGACACCAGCUGGACAACUCAGAUGAAGACGCAGACUGUCCACGCAGCACCAGGCUACUCCGGCUGUGCACUUAUCUCCGGCAGAAGUACAAGCACCUGUGCAGGCAGGAACGGGCGGCCAUGCGUCAAAAGAAGUACCGCUAUGCCUUCCGCAAAGCCCUGCUACAUGCAGCCAGCAAGGAUCCUGACUGCGCAGGACACUUGAUGCAGGAGUUACGCAUGGCCUCCACCAUGUCUCCCAGUGCAAAGUCACCGGUGCCAAAGAACACGGAGUCGGGACGCUGUACGGGCAGCAGCAACGGGCAGGCCUGCAUCAGCCGUGCACUACCCUACACCGGCUACUGCUUCCAACACAUCCUGCUAAAUCGCUCUCAGCAGCUCUUCUCCAGCUGCACGGCCAAGUUUGCAGACGGACAGCAGUGUUCCAUUCCCGUGUUUGACAUCACGCACCAGACACCGCUCUGUGAAGAGCAUGCCAAAAAGAUGGAUAAUUUCCUGCGGGGGGACAGUAACCGGCGGGUGCAGCAGCAGCAGCACCAACUCCAACAGCAGCAGCGCAAGCCUCGGAGGAAGACGAAGCCCCCGGCCCUCACCAAGAAACACAAGAAGAAGCGGCGGAGGGGUCCACGGCGGCCCCAGAAGCCCAUACCCCCAGCGGUGCCACAGGGAAACCUGGCCAUGCCCUCCAGUCUGGUGCUGCCCACUGCUUCUGCCAGUAUCAGGAGUCCUUCAACUCCAGACCUCAGCACAGAUGAGCUUCCUGAUGACAUCACCAAUGACAUCUCAGACAUUCCAAAUGACCUUGAGCUGAACCAGGAGGAUUUCUCGGAUGUGUUGCCUCGGCUUCCAGACGACUUGCAGGACUUUGACUUGUUUGAAGGUAAGAACGGGGACCUGCUGCCCACCACGGAGGAGGCAGAGGAACUGGUGCGAGCGCUUCAGGCCAUGGGCUCAUACCCAGACACACUGGCGUGCCUGGGCACCAUGGGGGAGCUUCCUCAGCCCGACGGCGUAGACCACCGUUCAAUGGCUGUCUUCUCUGGCCCUGGGGUCCAGAGCGGUGCCAUGGGGGACCUCCUGAAUGGCCGUAUCCCCACGGAGAAUUUCUCUGGCCUGGAUCUGGAUGACAACCUGCUGCACUCCACAGGAGGGCCCUUCCCUCCACCCCCUCCUGCCCCCUCAGGGACUAACCUGACCUCAGUCACCCCACCCUCCUCCAGUACCCUCCUCGCGCAGAGUGCCCUGACGGAGCGGACGUUUCGGCCCCACCCCCUGGCCAAGGUGGAGACGGCCCACUCCUCACCACACAGCAGCCACUACGGCAGCGAGCACGUUCCGUCGCCAUACAGCGACCACAUCUCCUCACCACACCCUAGCUCCUUCCAGACAGAGCCUCAGAUGUUACUGGAGGUUCCCCUUAGCGGGGUCCCGUGCCCCCCACGGUCCCCCUGGAACAGCCUCCCGCUCUCCCUGACGGACCCUGCUCAGUUUGGUAACCUGAUUGGUCCUGAGGGCCACCUCAUGUCCACCUCCUUGUCCACACCCCCUUCCACCACACACUCUGUAACCAUCCAACCCACCGUGGUGCUCUCAGCACUGCCCCCAAGUGCCCUGACAGGUCUGACUGCCCCUGCCCCUACCUCCUCCUCCUCCUCUUCAGCUGCAUCCUCUUCCUCUCAGCACGACCUCCUGACCUCCACCCAGCCCAAGCUUCAGCUCCCUCAGUUCAGCGCUGCCUUUGGCCACCAGCUGACCUCGCACAGUGGCAUCCCCAAGGACGUGCAGCCCAGCCACAGCUCCACGGCACCCCCUACAGGCUUUUCCAUUGCCAGUGCCACUGCAGCCAGUGCCAACAAUGCAGUGCCCCCGUUCACAACACAGUGACCCAGGAACACUCUGCUCACAUGGGGCAGAAGAGCAGGUGCAGGUGCCAGGCUUUGCUGGCUGUGCGCGGAGACUACGGAGGAAGUCCUCCAGGAGAGGUUAACCCUAACACGGGCGAUGCCACCGAGCUCGGUGACAAGGCCUCAGUUGGUGGUAUCACUCAUCCUGUCUCUCCAGCUCCCAGGCUUCUCAGCUUUGACUCACCUCGCUUCCUUCACAUUAUCAGUCUGCCUUUCCUGCAUAGAGAGUUGCAUUUGCCACUGGUGUGGAUGCCAUGUAAACCGUGGUACAUGUGAGUGUGUCUUUCUGUGACCCGUAGCCCAUUCCGACUCCACAGGUGGAGCUGAAAUGCAAACUUUGGUGUGAAGGAGCGUUCUGCUUCGUUCAGAACAUGGAGGUGUUGCCACACCAUUUUAAACAGCUGCUUUUAUAUUGUAAAUAUUUGAACUUUUAGAGGUUGCUUCAGAAAUACAGAAGCUUGUUCUGUGCACCUGCUGUGCUGUGGACUCCUAUGGGCUGCAGGUUUGAGGCCGGAGUUGUUUUAAGCAAUAAAAUGUCAUUGGUAUAUGGUUUGAUCACUAUUUUCUCAGCACAUGAUAUUGGCACCCUCUUUGCGUAUUGUCACCACACUGAAACAUUUAAAGUGGAAAAGAGAAGUGCUGGGUCUUACAUUUUUCAUCAGAAGUGGAACCAGUUUGUAACGAGGUAUGGAGAUUGUCUUCAGGGUGGGUCCAGGUAGCAGCAGGCAGUUGAUCAGGUCAGAGAACUUUGCCUCAGAUGAGGAGGAACAGUUUGCUGCAUUUCACAAAAAGCACCCAGUGGGCAUCUUGUGCUGUUCCAAACCUUUCACUGGUGCUCUUUUACUCUCUGCACGAGCAAUGGCCUUCUAAUGGGAUAUCCAGGGGCACAGCGCCCCGGGGUCCUCCGGCAGGGAGACGGGUAGGAUCUCUUCACUUCAGUGACUCAGAAAAUGUCUUAGAUUUUCUAUCUUUUGAUAUCAAAGCCCGAGCAAGUUUUCCAGGAGUGAGGGUUCCCUCCCCACCAUGCCUUCCUGGCCUGAGAAAGCAGAAAGAGGACAGGACCACAGGCAGGCGACCGAGCGCUUGGCGUACUGCAGGGGAUAAUGGGAUGUGGUGGCGUUGAAGGGGGCAGUGACUGUUUUUAUUGGGGUAUUGAGCAUCUACUUCCAGGCCUCACGCAUGGAUGCCGAGCCACUGAUGUCAGCACCGUCACUUAUCACGGUGACUGACACACAUGGCCUGGAAGCAGACAUUUCUUCGGAACUCUACACUCCCUUUAAAUGACCAGAGUGAGACGGCAAGAGAAGCUACCUGACAAAACUCCUCCCUAUCUGCUUUUAACAAUUAUUUUAUUACAGCACUAAAACAUGGGUUUCGGUAGUAUUUUUUAGAAACUGAAACAUUAUAACUUCUAUUGUUAUAAGUAUUUAAUAUAUUUAUAGAGUAGCAGUCUCUGCAUUGGGUUUUAUUGGUGAGUUAAAAUGAGUGACAAUGAAUUGAUAAAUCAUUCUUGUCUUCUGCAAAGUACAAUUUGAUGGAGCCAGAGUGUUUGUGGAAUAUCACCCACCAGCUUUAAUAGCUAUCAAAAUAUUUUGUGAUAGUUUUGUCAUCUUCACAAAUUGAGUGGAUGAUGUAGACUGUGUAUUGUGACCCCCC